AUGGCCAGCGUGGAAGAUAUUCGUGUGUCGGACACGACCGAGGAACGAGGGGUGGAACCCGUCCCAUGGGGGACAAGCAAGAAGCGCGAUCAAAGCAAGGCAAAGGAGGUUGCCGCUUUGGAGCAGCUCGUGGGGAACUUUGGGGAGAAACUCGAGAUAGUCGAGGAGAAACUCGAGAGGGCCGAGUUUAACUUCAAGACGCUCGAAGAACAUGUGAUUGAAGAAUUCGACAAGGUAAAGGACGAGCACCAAACGUUAGAGGAUCGUUUCGAACAAUUCGAGGAGAAAGUAAUGACCAUGCUCGAAUCCUUACAAAAUAGCAUUGAGAUAAUGCGUGAAGACCUUGCGUUGUGCAAGAAGGCCGCUGCGAGCGGAGAAGUAAGCACUUCGUCGUCAAGCACAAGAAUAGAAGUUCCACGGCCAACAUGUUUUAAAGGCGUAAGGGACGCGAAGGAAGUCGAGAAUUUCCUUUGGCAAAUGGAACAAUAUUUCGAAAAUCUAAGCCUCAAUGAGGAUGCGAAGAGGAUUAAAGCCGCUGUCCCAUACCUUACCGAUACCGCCAUGCUUUGGUGGAGAAGAAAGCAUUCCGAUAUCGAACGUGGAACUUGCCGCAUAAACACGUGGGAAGAUUUCAAAAAGGAGCUCAAGCGACACUUCUAUCCCGAAAACGUGGUCUAUGAGGCUCGAAGGAAAUUAAGGGAAUUAAAGCAGCGAGGACCGAUUCGAGAUUACGUACAAGAGUUCACUACUCUUAUUCUUCAAAUCCCUAAUCUUUCCGAAGAUGAUCUCUUGUUCCACUUCACCGACGGGUUACAACAAUGGGCCAAACAGGAAGUACAGCGACGAAAUGCUCAAACAGUGGACGAAGCGAUUGCCGUCGCUGAGUCCCUAAUUGACUUUCGUUCUCCAAGCAAUUUUGAUCCGUCGAAAAGGAGGGACAAGUAUCCGGCUAAAGGUGGGGGAGAGCGAACAAGAGACACCCAACGAAGGGCACCAACUAGGAGCUGGGACAGAAACGCCGCACGAAAGGAGUAUGAGGAGAAGAAGAAUGCUUUCUUGUCAAAGAUGGCGUGUUUUGUAUGUAAGGGGCCGCAUCCCAUGAGGGAUUGCCCAAAGCUCGGAUCUCUCUCCGCCAUAUUAGAACAACAUGAGGCCAAGAUGCAAGAAGAGGAGGAGGCGAGCAAGAUGGGGUCGCUCCAACUCCUUAAUGCCUUAAAUGCCAAAACAAUGCCGACGACAAAGAGUAAGGGGCUAAUGUACGUCGAAGCAUUGAUAAAUGGUAAACCCACUAAGGCCCUCGUCGAUACUGGAGCAACCCACAACUUUAUGACCGAGGAGGAGGCACGGAGACUUGGCCUACAUUGGACAAAGGGAGAGGGUUGGCUCAAGACAGUAAACGCGAGGGCUCAACCGCUUCAUGGCACAGCUCGAGGCGUCGAGUUGGGCCUAGGCACUUGGAGGGGCUUAGUAAAUUUUUCCGUGGCACCGAUGGAUGAUUUUAAAGUUGUACUUGGGAUGGAUUUCCUACGACAAGUUGCUGCCAUCCCCAUGCCAUCGUUCAGCACCAUGUGCAUUUUGGAGAAGGGAUCUCCAUGUAUGAUUCCCACGGUAGAAGCGCCUGAGAAGAGAGCGAACGAGGCAGCCCAACUAUCCGCUAUGCAAGUUACAAAGGGCAUCAAGAAGGGCGAGCCAACAUUUCUAGCAGUACUUGACAUGGAUGGCGAAGGCAAAGAGGCGUCAGUCGUUCCACCAUCAAUUCGAGUGGUCCUUGAUGAAAAUAAGGAUGUAAUGCCCGAGAGGUUGCCAAAGGAGUUACCACCAAGACGAGAGGUGGACCACACCAUUGAGCUAGAGCCUGGAGCGAAGCCACCUGCCAGGGCGCCCUAUCGCAUGUCGCCCAAUGAACUCGAGGAAUUAAGGCGACAACUCAAUGAGUUGUUGGAAAGCGGCAUGUUACGACCGUCGAAAGCACCAUUCGGCGCACCAGUGUUGUUUCAAAAGAAACAUGAUGGAUCGUUGAGGAUGUGCGUCGAUUAUCGAGCACUUAAUAAGGUAACAAUCAAAAAUCGCUAUCCCAUCCCCUUGAUUGCCGAUCUUUUCGAUCAACUCGGAGGAGCCAAAAUCUACACAAAAAUGGAUUUGCAAAAAGGAUAUUACCAAGUCCGAAUUGCGGAAGGAAACGAGCCCAAGACGGCAUGCGUCACCCGGUAUGGUUCUUUCGAAUGGAUGGUUAUGCCAUUCGGAUUAACCAAUGCCCCAGCGACGUUCUGCACGUUAAUGAAUAAGAUUUUUCAGCCGUACUUGGAUCGAUUCGUGGUCGUGUACUUGGAUGACAUAGUGGUCUACAGCAACUCUAUCGAAGAACAUGUGGAACAUCUACGAACGGUCUUCCAAGUACUUCGUGAAAAUAAACUAUACGUGAAGCAAGAAAAGUGCACCUUUGCAACAGAAGAAGUACACUUUUUGGGGCACAUCAUUGGGCAUGGGAAGCUCAAGAUGGAUCAAGCCAAAGUCAAGGCGAUCCUAGACUGGGAGGCACCCACGAAAGUAACCGAACUUCGAUCGUUCCUUGGCCUAGUAAAUUAUUAUCGGCGGUUCAUCGAAGGAUACUCUAAGAGGGCAGCGCCAUUGACGGACUUACUCAAGAAAGGAAAGACUUGGGUUUGGUCCGAGGAUUGUCAAAAGGCUUUCGACGAUUUAAAGGCCGCGGUAAGCCAGGAACCUGUCCUUGCCCUACCCAACUUUACGAAACCAUUUGAGGUCCACACCGACGCGUCAGAUUUUGCUAUUGGUGGAGUCUUAAUGCAAGACAUGCAUCCAAUAACGUUCGAGAGCCGCAAGUUAAACGAGGCCGAGCGACGUUACACGGUACAAGAGAAGGAAAUGACGGCCGUAGUACAUUGUCUUAGAGUGUGGCGUCACUAUUUGCUUGGAGCACACUUCACCAUUAAAACAGACAACGUGGCCACGAGUUACUUUCAAACUCAAAAGAAGCUGUCUCCUAAACAAGCCCGAUGGCAAGAUUUUCUUGCGGAGUUUGAUUACUCAUUAGAGUAUAAGUCGGGCAAAGCCAAUGUAGUGGCCGAUGCCUUGAGCCGAAAAGCAGAAUUUGCAGCAAUAAGUCAUGCAAAGGGGGACGUAAUUGACCGAAUCAAAGAAGGACUCCAACAUGACCCCUUGGCCAAAGAGUUGGUGAAGUUAGCACAAAGUGGCAAGACGCAACGCUUUUGGGUAGAAGAUGACUUGCUCUAUACUGAGGGGUGA